UCAGCUCUUUAUGUUCUCUUCAGUGAAGCAGUAGAGAUAUUCAGUAACAUAGAUAGAGAUGAGGUCAUUAAACAGGCUCGACUAUAUUCAAUCCUUUAUGCUGUGGUUGGGUUUGUUGGACUUAUCAUUAACUUUGUAGCUACCUAUUCACUGUGUAUUGCUGCUGAUAGACUCACCACUAGAUUAAGGCAGAAGUCAUUUGAGACGAUUAUGAAGCAAGACAUGUCCUUCUUUGAUGAGCCACAGAACUCAGUGAGUAUAUUAACAGGACGACUAGCGAUUGACACCACUGAAGUCAAUCAAGCCACUGGUUUCUCAUUAGGUAUUACUGUCCGUGGUAUUAUCAAUCUUAUAACUAAUUACAUCAUCAUAUUUACCUUUUCAUGGCCCAUGGGGCUAGCGUCAUUAACGACGUUAGUAAUAUUUAUUUUAGUCGGAUUUCUACAGCUGACACUCACUAACCUGUUUGUGUUGAAGAGUCUGGAGCAUCAGGGGAGGAGUCUGAAGACGGCCAUUGAAGCUAUUGAUAAUGUUUAUACAAUAAUAUCACUUGGCAUUGAGAAGAGAUUGUUACAGAAGUACAAGGAUCAGCUUAAACCGGCUUAUCAUUAUGAUAUUCAAGGUGCCAUUAUCCAGUCUUUAUUAUUUUCCCUGGCUCAAUCUUGUGCUACUUUUGUACUCUCAGGAGGAAUGAUCAUUGGAGCUUAUGCUUACACUUCUCCUGGUACUGUCUAUUAUGCUGACAUUAGUGACAUCUUCAAAGCUAUCGGUGCAAUGCUGUAUGCUGGCUGGUUGUUUAAGGAGCUCAUCCGCUCACUGCCUGAUACCCAGUCGGCUCAAAUAGCAGCUUCAAGAAUACUAGCACUACUGGAGGAAAAACCCUCCAUUAACAUACCUAACCAAGGAGUGGAUAUCGCCACAAAAUUUCAAGAAGAUUACGCUAAGCUUGCAUUAGAUGAUAUUCAUUUCUCUUACUCGUCUCGUCCUGGUGUGGUGGUACUACCAGGCCUGAGUCUCACCGUUAAACCAGGAAAGACUCUCGGGAUAGUAGGACCGAGCGGAUCAGGAAAGAGCACCAUACUAUCGCUUGCCGAGAGAUUCUAUGAUCCUGACCCUGAUUCAGGAACAAUAGAAUUCAACAAUAUCAAUAUCAAUAUCUUUGAGAUCUCAUCUCUCCGGAGACAGAUGAGUCUAGUACCACAGGACCCAGUUUUAUUUGACAUGUCUAUUUCUGAUAAUAUUCGUUAUGGGGCUUUAUUUAGAAAUGACAUUACUGAAGAUGAAGUCAUAGAAGUGGCUAAAGUUGCUAAUAUUCACGAGUUCAUUAUGUCAUUGCCUCAUGGUUACCAGACUAUGGUUGGUAGUAGAGGCACUCAACUAAGUGGCGGCGAGAAGCAA